GUGCAUAGCAAACUACCUCUAGGACCCAGUGCUUCUCCUCCUCAGCCUUUGUAGUUUUUGUGUGGAGAUGAGGGAGACUGAGAUGUGCUUCUUGCUUAUCACGAUUCACAUCGAGCGUUUUUUUUUUUUAACCAGCUGAGGGGGGGUGCUGAACAGGGCAAUUUGAAGCCAGGAUCAGCUCUAGCAGCUGCUGUUUUUUAAUACGUAUUUUUUUACGCUUUCAUUUAAUUUCUUUGCGUCUCAUUUUUAUAAAUUUAUUUGAAGGAAAAAAAAAUUGGGGACACAAUGAAAGCCAAUGCAUUUCGGGUGCAUUCGUGCUGCUGGCUGGGACUAUGAUUUAUCAAUGCUCGCAGCUUUGUUCUCAUGACACAGUUGCACUCAUUCAGUCUCAUCCAAACAGGAGCGAGCGGUGAUUUGUCUUUAACUUUCUUGCAUCUUCGACGAUUCCAGCUGCAGCAGGUACUUUCUGCACUUGAGGCAUGCCAAGCCGGUUAAAUUGAGCCUCCAUUCAUUCCAGCGGCUGUCCUGCUGUGUGUAGGUGUUGAAGCAGCCAUGUGGAGCAGAGAGAGCGCUCCUCUACUUCUCAUCUGCCUGCUGGCGCUCACAGCUCUCUGGAAAACCAGGUCAGUGAAUGCCGAUACUGCAUCUGAUGCCUUUAAAACCAACAUCACGCUGUUCACACGGAUCCUGGAUAGCCUGCUGGAUGGAUAUGACAACCGUCUACGGCCAGGUCUCGGGGACAGGAUAACUGAGGUGAAGACAAACAUCUACGUCACCAGCUUUGGACCAGUUUCAGACACAGACAUGGAGUACACCAUAGAUGUUUUCUUCCGGCAAAGCUGGAAGGAUGAGAGGUUGAAAUUUCACGGACCAAUGAAUAUUCUGCCUCUCAACAACCUGAUGGCGAGUAAAAUCUGGACUCCGGACACCUUCUUCCACAAUGGGAAAAAGUCUGUGGCUCAUAACAUGACCAUGCCUAAUAAACUGUUGAGGAUCAAAGAUGACGGGACGCUGCUGUACACCAUGAGGUUAACUGUGCAUGCAGAGUGCCCAAUGCAUCUGGAGGAUUUCCCCAUGGACUUUCAUUCCUGUCCGCUAAAAUUUGGCAGCUAUGCCUACACAAUCUCCGAAGUGACUUACGCUUGGACUCGAAAUGCUUCUGACUCUGUGGUGGUGGAAGGAGAAAGCUCCCGCCUGAACCAGUAUGACCUGCUUGGACAAACAGUCGGACAAGAAACUAUCAAAUCAAGUACAGGUGAAUACACGGUGAUGACAGCUCAUUUCCAUCUGAAGAGGAAGAUUGGCUACUUUGUCAUCCAGACAUACCUCCCAUGCAUCAUGACAGUCAUUCUUUCCCAAGUGUCAUUCUGGUUGAACAGAGAAUCAGUGCCGGCCAGGACUGUGUUUGGUGUAACCACUGUUCUCACUAUGACGACACUGAGUAUCAGUGCGAGGAACUCCCUUCCCAAGGUUGCCUACGCCACUGCCAUGGACUGGUUCAUCGCUGUCUGCUACGCUUUCGUCUUCUCCGCUUUGAUUGAGUUUGCCACCGUCAAUUACUUCACAAAGCGUGGCUGGGCUUGGGAUGGAAAGAGUGUUGUGACUGACAAGAAAAAAGAGAGGGCAUCUGUUGUCAAGAAGAAUAACGCCUACGCUGUAGCAGUGGCCAAUUACGCACCGAACAUCACCAAGGACUCCAGCACGCUUCCAACUAUUGCCAAAGGUGGAGCUUCGGAUCCUAACAAGCCCAAAGCAGAUGGCAAAGCCCCAGACAGCAAGAAGACAUUCAACAGCGUCAGCAAAAUUGACAGGAUGUCAAGGAUUUUGUUUCCAGUUCUUUUUGGGACCUUCAACCUCGUCUACUGGGCCACCUACUUAAACAGAGAACCCAUUAUAAAAGACAUGGUCCACUCUAAUUAGAGGCCAGUUUUUAAUGGGUUCUGGUCUGGGGACUAAGAGACGAACCAAAUACCUCCAGCAACUGUGUACACAUACCUUUGCAGAGUGAAGUCCUGGAUUGCAGUGUGAUCCUCUAUCUCCGCCUGUUUUCUACACCGUCUGCAGCACUUUUGAAAAGCCCGGCUUUUGUAAAUGUGUAUGUAUAUUUAUAUUCAUGGUUUCAUGGUGACAUAUUGUGUGAUUACUUCAAUUAGAGUGCAUAUUUCCUUGAAAGUAUGUUUCCAGUUACAGUAUGUGGCCACUGUACAUACAAAUCAAAUGAAGAGUAAACACAUGAACACAUACAUUUUAUUUAAGAUUUCUUCUAAAUGUGUUGAAUUUUGCUGGUAAUGCCCACUCUCUUGAUAUUACAGUAAAUAUUUUUGUUUUGAGUGAAAGGGACUGAUUUUACCAUAUUUCCUACUUUUUUUGCCAUCUAAGAGUGGCCUGACUCUUUUUUGUUUUCUGUCCAAGCCAAUGCAAAAACACACUUGUAUAAUAUUGUUACAGUGUAAAAGUUGUUUUAUUAUCUGUGACUGCAGGUAUGGGGCUGCAAUCAAACACUGACCUCCAAAGUUACUGAAACACACCAUGCCAAAAAGGUGGUCAAAAAUACAGAGAAAGCUGCAACAUUAGUGUUCUUGUGCAUGGAAUAGCCUACCGUUUAUUGCUGCCACUUUCAAGUCUGCACUGCUAUCAUUUGGAAUUCACCAUUCCUAAGUCCCACCCCCCGUAGUUACUGUUGCUAGGUUGGGCAAGCUUGACAAAAAGAAACAUAGUGACAGCGUUUUUGUUUAGCCAGGUACUACAGUGUUUAUUAGAUGCUUUCUGGGAGUCAGGCAAUACAGCUUCUAGAAGCUGACAGCAAAGACUACAGUAUGCAAUGGAAUAACAUAUUUAUGAUGUUAACUUUUACAAACAAAGCAAAACAAGGUAAAAUUGAGGCUUCUAGUCUCACUGAAAAAAGGAGAAGUAAAGACCGAGAAUGACAAGACUAUCAGCCAACAUUGCUCCUGCACUGCCGGUUAUGUGUCCCUUCUUCCCCUUCUGGGGAUCAGUAAAGUACUCUAUGUAUUUAUUACUGAAUAUGGACCAUGGUGUUGACCUAACAUUGGUCUCUCUUUACUGCAGAGAGACCACUGCAGCUGGCUAUGGAGAGCUAUGGUGGUAGCUAUUCGUAAACUAGACUGAUUGUAAAGAAGAUUGUGCAGAUUCUGCAACCACAUCAGAUUUGGUUUUCUUUUCAACAUUUUUAACUAACACAUAGCACACUGAAGAGUAACAGGAAAUGGGAAAGUUGACUCAACUGUUGUUGGAGCGCAGAGCGAAAAAGGGGCGGGACUUAGGAAGGGUCAAUUAAGGGUCAAAUAUUUUUUGAAAAACUAAUGCGAAUACAUUUUACGUACAUUGAGAAGUAGAGAAAGAAACAAGAAAAAGAAUUACAAAAGAGGCACAAAGUUUGUGUUUAGGUGUUAAAUGAUAAGCAGUUAAAUAAUGAAUGGUUAACUUACUGAAUUAGACAAAGCUUUGAAAGGUAUAUUUAAACGUGUAUGCUGUCAUGUUUUGUUAGCGUGGACAGUUUACAAAAAAAAUAUCUAUUUGUAAUACUUAAACGUUGAUUUUUUUUUUUUUUUUUUUACAAAAAAUAAGCUUGUAAAUGUAUUUAAUUUGAUUAAUACUAUCUUUAUCUUAAUCUUAAUAAUACUAUCGGCAGUAUCUGUCUUAAUAACAGAAUGGAAAUCUAUGAAGGUAAUAGAUGUAUGAGGGAUUUGAUAGUCAAUAGAAACUAAAAUAAUGCACAAUUUAAUAUGUUUGCAAAUGCAUUUAUCAUUGAUGGCCAAAUUGACCCUUCGCUAAGUCCUGCCCCCUACACAGACUGGCCAGUCAUAGCGUAGCAUCGGGCCAGCUCUGACCAGGGUCCAACAACAACACAGCUGUGCUCCAUUGACUCAAAUGUAAUCAUUUCAGAUUUCCUUCAUUUUCAGGCUGGUUUUAUUGAUUUUGAGCUAAAUGUUGUGCCUGGGGCACGUUUAUUAAUGAAACUCUUUGCCUGAAGAGGUCGGAUGGAGAUAUAUAUUUCUUCCCUGUUCCAAAACCAAAAUCCAACCCUGAAAAGUGUAGGGUUAGCCAGCUAGCUAAGUACUACAGGUAUAGCCUACUGAAUGUAUACACAUGCCACUUUUGCUUUUUAAUGAUUAUAACACUGAAUAAAGACCAACCCUGCUGUAUAGGAACUGGUGAAGGGAAGCAGGGAAACUUUGCCAGUAUUGAACCAGCUGUGCAUCAUCGCAGUGUGUGCAGAUGAACAGUGUUUGGCUUCCCCUGGAGCUCCCCACCCAUCCGGCGGCAGAGGUCUUGGCCAAACAGCGUUCAUCUUCACACACUGUGAUGACACAUAGCUGGUUUAACAGUUCAGUGAAUUUUCCCUUCAUAUUCAUUGUCUUCUGCCUCAAUCGCAAGUGAUGUGGUGGUUCACUUUUACACUGUGAUCUGUAGCCUAUAGUUCGGCUUUAGCUUCUAACUAUUUUUAUCUUUUUAACCUGUUUUUGCUGCCAAGUGAGUUUGUCAUCCUGGAUAUAUCCUUCAAGCGCAUGUUGUAGACGCCUCUGUCUGCUUCUCUCUGAAAUCGCUUUUACAUUUUUCCAGAAAUUUGAUAUUCCUUCAGGAAGUGCAGUUAGUUACAGUGUGGGCUCCAUGCUAGCUCCAACAGCUUGAUGGAUUAUCACAAAGGGUAGGGGCUUAGCAAAGGGUUAAUUUAGCUAUGUGAACCAUUUUCUUUAUUUUCUGAGCCCCCUAGAUGGUACUAUCAGUUCAACAAAGCAUUGAAAGAACAGUGAAUUGCCAUUCCUUGAGCCUUUUUUUCUACACCAAGCGUGUCAUCUAGGGGGGUCAAUAAAUACAACCAAUGGUUUAUGAAAUGUCACGUGAACAUCACUAACAUUAAUCUGUUUUUGACAUCUAGAGGCCAGAAAAACACCAUACAAAGCUGACAGACACACAGCCCUGCCCAAGUAUUGUCUCAGAAAGUUUUUGACUAAUGUAUUAGCAAACACAUUAUCGUUUCAUUGGAAGGUCCAGCAUUCUCUCACUUUUUGGUUUCCAUCAACUCCUGAGGUAAACAUGUGGGACUUUAGCCUUUUAGAUGUUUGACUUUAUUCACAAGCCAGCUAAGCUAAUAUAUUAUUUUUCUGCCAUGUAGCACUGGGAAGAGUAAGUCAGUUUGAAGCAUACAGUAAAUGUAGGUAUUUAAAACCAAAACAAUGAGCUACAAGAGGUUAAAAAACAACUUUGAGGUGCAGAGCUGGGUGAUCAAUUUUUGUAGGUGUGCAAUUAUCGGUGACCCCCUUUCACCUUAGUGUACACAUAUUGAUUAGGGAUUUUAAAAAAUGAUCAAAUUAUUUUGUACAGUUUUAUUUAAACUGUAUAUUUAUUUAAUUUAGCAGGGUCAAAAUCCAAAUAAAUUCAUACGUUAAUUAUUACUGUAUGGUUUAAAUGCUCACAAACUCAAUCCUCAGAUAAAAAUCAUUCGAAAACAUGUGUAACCUUGUUAAAAAUGUGUAUAUUACAGCUUUUAAUUGGCUUACCUGUGGAGGUAGUAACUCUGGAGGAUAGUGUGGAUUUGUUUGGUGUAGGCUAGAGCACCAUGUGGCAGGACUAAUCAGCAUGUCUGCCACAAACAAUUUUAGGUGAUUAUUCAUAUCCAGUGUCUGGCUAUCCACAACACAUUUCAUGAUCCCAUAAGCUAUUUUGAACUCAUUACAGAUAUGAAAGGGAAAGGACUGCAAACACACGACUGCUUUGUGCCAAUAUGAACUCCAGUGAAUCAUGUGUGGAUGAUAGUAACAGUCCUCUGCCAGCAAUUCUUUUGUGUAAUAGGCCUAAAGUGAGAGGAUACAGCCAGGGUUUGAUUUGCAGUUUCAUGUCAUAUUUGUAUGCAGAUUGAUUGUGGUUUACACUUUGGACUAACUCAGAAGCCAUAUACAGUCAUCAUGUAAUCCAGUAACAUCCGCAACAAAAUAACAGGGACAACCAAUGAUUGUAUUUUAAGAGCAUGUGGCUCUGUGCUUAGAAAAAAGAGAAAAGAUAAAGUGCUGUAUAAACCUAUUCUGAAGGAGAUAGGGAUGCUCUAACAUAUCACUGUCAUGACGCUGUUUAUCAAAAAGACCAAUCAUUAUCAGCCCCAUAUCAGUAGCCAUAUAUGGUACUCUACUGUGUUACUUUUUUUCAUGAAGUGAUAUGAUUUUGCUUCACAUCCACAUUUGAAGUUUAUUUCACUUUAUUUGAUUGUUGAAUCAAACUUUGCAUGAAGAUGAAAUCUACCUUUUUAUUUUCUUUUUUGAUUAACUACAUUGUCGGAUAUAAAUUAUUUUUAAUUCAAAAUUUCUCCAACAUCCUGAUAAAAUCUUAAACAUUCCAGAUAAAAUGAUUGUUCACGAGGUGGAUGCUUGAUUCGAUGCACAGUUUCUAAUAAAACACAUAUCAU